AUGUUGGGGUUUUUUGUUCUUUUAUUCGUUUUUGCCAACUUUAAUGAACUAACAGCCAGAAAUCCAUGUGCAAAACAGUUCUAUACCCCUUCCGGUGGGGAUGACGUGGCUUUUGGGUGUAUUUGUGAUGCAAACUAUUGCGAUGAUAUUGAGCCGUUGGGUGUGAUACAAAGUGAUGCUUUUGUAGCGUACGUUUCUUCGGAGAAAGCCGAUCGAUUGGAUAGAAUAGAUUAUCAUUUCACUGGUUUUCCAAACACAUCGAAUAUUGUGCAGAUUGAUGCCUCGAAAACUUAUCAGAAGAUUUUUGGAUUUGGUGGAGCGAUGACCGACGCUGCUGGGGUCAACCUCGUUUCAUUGAGUCAACCAGUUCGGGAUCGUCUACUACAGCAAUAUUAUGGCCCGAAUAGUAUCGAUUAUCGUUUCACUCGGGUCCCGAUGGCUUCCUGUGAUUUUUCGACAAGGGAAUACUCGUACGCUGAUGUUGCCGGAGAUUUUGACCUAGUUAAUUUCAAUCUCACUCAAGAGGAUUUUCAAUUGAAAAUACCCUUCAUCAAACAGGCUCAAGCUUUGGUGGCUCAGCUAGGCGACACUUUGAAGUUGUUCACCACUGCUUGGAGUGCUCCGGGAUGGAUGAAAGAUUCGGGAAGUAUGAAGGGCGGAGGCCGACUUAUUGGAGAAGUCAAUGGGAAAUACUAUCAAACGUUGGCUAACUACUAUAAACGGUUUUUCGAGGAAUAUCAUAAGUUGGGAAUCGACUUCUGGGGAGUGACGCCCGAGAAUGAGCCGACUGCUGGUUUGGAUCCAAACUACCGCUGGCAGGCUAUGUAUUUGAGUGAUGAAAUGGAGAGGGAUUGGAUCAAGGGUGUUUUGGGGCCAACUCUACGAGGAUCGGAUGUCACAAAAGAUCUUAAAAUCAUGAUUGGCGAUGAUCAACGGGGAAUCUAUCCAAAAUGGGCUGAUACGAUUUUCUCCGAUCCCGAUGCGGCAAAAUAUGUUGAUGGAAUGGCGCUUCAUUGGUACGAAGAUUUGUUUGUCUCUGAAAAGGGGAUCGCUGAGACUACAUCGAAAUACCCGGAUAAAUUCAUGUUGGCAACUGAGGCUUGUACCGGCUUUUUCCCGUGGGAGCAAAAUGUGUUGCCUGGGAAUUGGAAAAGAGCCGAGAUGUAUGCUUUGGAUAUCAUUGAGGAUUUACGAAGUGGGGUCGUUGGAUGGAUCGAUUGGAAUCUUGUGCUCGAUCAAAUCGGAGGCCCGAAUUGGGUGAACAACACCGUGGAUGCCGCGAUCAUCGCCAAUGCGACAGUGGAUCAGUUCUUGAAGCAGCCGAUGUACUAUGCGCUCGGGCAUUUCAGCGCUUUUAUCAAGCCCGACUAUAAGAGGAUCGACGUGAAGCUCGACCUUCAUCAAGUUGAUGGUGUGGCCUUUGUGGCUCCAGACGGAAAGCAGAGAGUGUUAGUGAUGCUGAACAGAAACAAAAACGACGUCUCCUUCUCGAUCCAGGAUCAGAAAAACUCAGUUCGAUACGGGAAUGUUCUGUUGGAGGGCCGAUCGAUGAAGACAAUAAUUUGGAAUAUG